AUGGAGGAGUAUCAUUCUUGUGUGUGUGGGGCGACUGCGGGAGGCGAGCGACACUUCAAGCUGCAAGUGCAGCGCUGCCAGACUGAGCUGCAGGCACGGCUCAAGGGAGUCAUCACUGCAAGUGACAAGUUCAAAAUUAAGUUAGAGAAAGCUACUGGCGAUGAUGCCAUUUCUAUUGCUUUAUACGGAGGACCGCCAGCGCCUUCGGCCCACCCCGUUCCUACCGCCUCCACCAGCGUGUCGCCCGAACCAGCUCCAACCGUCACAAACCUCGACUCCAAGCCGCCUCGGUCCAAACGUGGCGCGCACACCUGCGACACAUGCCACAAAACCUUCCACCACCACGCCCGCCUCAAACUGCACCGCCGUUCACACACAGGCGAGAAGCCAUACACUUGCAAUGUUUGCGACAAACGAUUUGCACAAAAGAGCCAUCUCAACACUCACUACGCGUACCACAUGGGGAAAUUCAAAUACUCCUGCGACCUAUGCGACACUCGAUUCACUGAAAAAAAUCAAUGGGUCAUACACAAGCUGAUACACACAGGAGAAAAACCAUUCGAAUGUGAUGUAUGCAACAAAAAAUUUAGACAAAAGGGCAACUUAAACGUUCAUAAGAAAAUUCAUUUGAAAUUUGAUUACAAUAACAUGGAGCCGGGAGAAAUAUCAAAUAAGAACGAGUCGUCGGGGGAAUCGAAAACUCUACUUGCAGAAUACUUCACUUGUGAUAUAUGCAAAAAGCGAUUUGCGGAAAAAAGCAGUUUAAAUGCACAUAUAAAACAUCACUCCGGAGAUUAUCCAUUCACUUGUGACAUUUGCGAAAGGAGAUUUAAUACGCAGUCUCGCUUAGAUAAUCAUAAACUGGAUCAUACGGGAGGGAAACCUUUCCAAUGUGAUGAAUGUAGUAAGCAAUACACAUCCAAAAGUGCUUUAAGACUUCAUUCAAAAAUACAUUCUGGGGAUUAUAGAUACGUGUGCGACGUGUGUAAUAAACGUUUCAUACAAAAAGAUGUAUUAAAACAACAUAUGCGAGUGCAUACAGGUGAAAAGCCUUAUAACUGUGAGAUAUGCCAAAGGAGGUUCCCGUACAGGUGUGGCUUGAAGAGUCAUUUAUUAGUGAAACACAACCAGGUUAUGGACAAACAAUUUUGCUGUGAUAUUUGUGGGAAGCGGUUUGCACUACAAGGGACUCUAGUCAAACAUAUGAAUAAACACGCCGAGAAGGAGAGGGGAGACAAAGCUCGAGAGGAAGGAAGGAUGGAAGACCUAAAACCAUUCAUGUGUGAAAUAUGCAGCAAACGAUUUUCGACAAAAAGUAUUUUAAGAAACCACAGAGAAAUACAUAAUGAAGAAAGACCUUUUGAGUGUGAAGCGUGUCACAAAAAGUUCCAAAUGAAGAAAUAUUUACAGGACCACAUGAAAGUGCACGAUGACUUUAAACAGCAUGCAUGUGAAGUAUGCGGACAGCAGUUUAGGCACAAGUCUGCCUUAACAGUUCAUAUUCGACGAAUGCAUACAGAAAACAGACCACACGCGUGUGAUGUUUGUACAAAGGCUUUUCCAGUACUUGCAGAGUUAAAAGCGCAUUAUCGAGUACACACUGGUGAAAGACCAUACGCAUGCGAAAUAUGCUAUAAGAAAUUUCCUCGACACAACGGAGUUAAACGGCAUCUUAUACGAGUUCACAAUGAGAAACCUUCGAAAUUUAUAAAAUUGAAGGAAUUUAAUAAUAUUAGUUAAUUCAAAGAAUACCUUGUGUUUGCAAAUGUGAAAGAUUUACAUCUCGCCAUGGAGAAGCUAGUCAAAUGAAAAAAGAAAUCUUAUUUUGGUGGUAUUAUAAAAUUCUUGAUGCAAGAGGAUAACCUUGAAACAAGAAAACUUAGUAUAAGAUGAAAAUUUACAUAACUAAAGUUCAGACUCGUAUAGUUCAGUAGGAUUUCUAAUUAGAUCAGAAAUUAAAUAUAUUUUAUUUUAUUGUUUUUUUUUUAUAUUGUAUU